AUCGAGUAAAGUGAACAGAAGAAUCGGGUGUGUUGUGGAGUGUGGACCGAGAAAACCGUUUGAAAAACAUCCGGACGGCAACUGUUGACCCUCGUUUGUCUCUUCAGACGAAAAGCCUGAGAUCACCUCCUAGUGGAAUCUCUUUUAACAUUGGGAUCAUUUUUCCAAUACCAACGACAUUCAUCUCAGAAGCUGAUAUUCGAGAUGAUUGAAUUUGUAUUCAGCCAACUGUUAUCAGCGGGUUACGGAGCCGAAGCACAACUCAUUAAAAUCUCGGCAAUAUUCGAGGAGAAUGAAUUUUCCAUGUGGAUAAAACCUUCGAAAUCAUCACUGGAUACAGAACGGUCGGGAGUGCCAGGAUUAGAGUGUCAAAAUUACCGAUAUUUCGUUGAUGGUAAACUACAAGAACCGAUUCUCUCGAUACAAGAAGUUUUGAAAAGGUUUCGAGAAUUCCUCAUGCAAGUUAAGAAAUUUGCCGAUAGUCCAGUUACCAUUGCUGCUCAUAAUGCGAAACGCGAAUUUGAGCUCCUCAUUGAUGCCAUAAAAAAAACAGGCAUGGCGAAGGCAUUCGAUGGUAUUAUUUUCGGUUUUGUAGAUACUCUUCCGCCUAUACAAAUAGACUUGGCAGACGACCCGUCUAUCAAAACGUUCACGUUAGCAGCUUUAGCACGACAUCUGUUAGGUAAAACGUACUCGGGGCGAGUUCACAUAGCAUCAGAGUAUUUACGACUGUUGCGUGAAAUUAUAAUGGGAAAUAUUGAUCCAUAUAUAAUCGCCGAGAGUAUCGAGCGUUAUCAUAAUGCUAUUUUGGGCGUGAAAACAGUCCAGCAGGGCACUUCCAAUCAGUUUGGAUUUGACGAUGAAGAUGGUCCGUCGGGGACAGAACCGCCGGUUCAAUAUAGGAAUGCCAGCGGCCGUCGGGGUAGCCGAAAUUGGGUUAAUAAACGACGUGGCCGAUACGGGUUUGAUUUCGAUCGGAGGACCGAGCUUCAAUGAUGUGAUGUAAGAUCCAUCGGCAUCAAAUUUUAUGGAGCACAAUUUUUCGAGAAAUUCACUCAGGUAGGCAGACUCGAAUGUACUUGAACUCGAAUUUCCCGUAGACGAAAUUAGUUUUUAUGUAAUGUUUUAUCUUCCUACGAGUAUUAAUUUACUUCAGUUGAGGUUGACCGGGGCAAAACGCAGUACCGGAUCGAAAUAGGGUGCUUCAAAAAUUUUGGAUAUCAUUUUUUUUCCAUUCUUGAAACUUCAUAUGUUUCCAUAGAGGAGAAAAAUGGAAUUUUUUUAGGAUUUUCAAAAAGAAAAUCCAAAUGAGGAGAAUUUUUUUCCCGGAUUCGUAAAAAUAAAAUUGAAAAAAAUAACAAGAAAUUUUAAUAUAAUUCUAUUGAUUCCUUUUUGACUGCUUAUUUGGAGAAGAAAUUGAAGUGAAUGUAAAUCAAAUUGCAGUAAGAAGAAAAAUUUCACAAAUUUCAUGCGGGAUACUCCAUUGAGCCCCAAAAAAAUCAUUGUUUUUUCAAAAUUGCACAAAAAUUACAAUACGUUUCUUGAUGCUGAAAGAAAAAAAUAGAUGCGAGGUUUCUGAAACUUUAAAAAAAUAUAGGAUAGCACCUUGGGUCACCCGGUCUCUUCAAUGUAGGUCUUGAGCCAAAUGCACUUAUCAAUUGGAAAAAUAGUAACGAAAUCGGUCAAAAGGGAAGAAUCCACUUCACAAAAAAAUGUACAUGACCGAGACGAUGAUCUUGUUCACUAAAACUUACACAUUGGAGAAGAUAAGAAAAUCCACUUUACAAAAAAUCUGAUUCUGAAUUGUUUCUAGAAACCAUAGAAUUUCGUAUAUAAUUCAAAAUUAACUACAUACGUUUCCGAGAUGAAUAUCUACUUCGUUCCGAAUGAGCAAAUUUCUCGAUUUAACUUGCCUGUGUUUUGUCCUCAUAAAACGAUUCGCGGUGGUCGGGGUAUUAUAAUAUUUUAGACAUUUAAUAUUAAUAUAGGGUAAUAUGGGGCAAAAUGGACACAUGGGGACAAAACGGACACAGUGCCACUUUGCCCCAUAAAAUUGAAUUCCGGGGCAAAACGGAUUUUCCCGAAACUGAAAUUUCAUAAAAUGAAAUUUCAGAGCAAAAUAGAUCCCAAACUACUUUCUCACUAUCUAUUCGCUUUUUGCAAAAUAAUAAUUGCAAAAUAAUCACAGUACGUUUCUUAGUGCUCGAGGCUAAGAAAUAAAUGAAGCUUCUCAAACUGCUAACAAGUACGAUAUUUCUUAAAAAAACUCGUUUCGACUCAGUCUUCCCUUAGAUCAUGAGCCGCAGGUGCACUUAUCAAAUGGAAUUACCGCGAAAUCGUUUGUCGGUCAGGAGGGAAGAAUCCACUUUACAAAAAUUUUCAUUGCCGAGAAAGACGAUCCGAUUCACGAAAAUUUACAUGAGAUAAAAAACAAGAGUUUACUUUAUACAAAGAAAUCAGUGUGCAUGAACGAAAAAACACAAUUUAUUACGACGUUUUGUUUUCUCCGAAAACGCGCAUGAUCAUUUUGAGUAUGGAAUAUAUUCUAUUUAAAAUUAAAUUUCCUAUAUAUUUCGAAAUUCAGUGAAUAUCUACUUUGUUUUAAACAGGCGAUUUAUCGAUUUAGCUCAUCUGUGUUUUUUCCUCAUAAAACGAUUCGCAGUGGUGAAGGUAUUAAUAUUUUAGACGUUUUAAUAUUUAUAAAUAGUUAAAUGAGGAUUAAAUAUACCCAUUAAAUAUAAUAAUCGUAAUUCUUGCGAACAUUGAUACAUGCACAGUCGGUGUUUGGCUCCUGCGGUUUUACUUCAACAAUUCGUGCCGAAGCCAAUACCUGGUUAGGUCGAACGUUAGCCAUGCACCAGCUUGAGCACGAUCCCUGAACGUAAAGCAAUAACUCUGAGAUUUCGACGAAGAAAUCAGGGAAUAUAUAACCAACUGUAUCGGCCGGGUUUUCCACAGUUUCCCCGAGCCCUUGAGCGAAUGUGGUACAGUAAUUUAUUCAAAAAAAAGAGUGGCUGUGGGCAACACUCUUACGAUGGGGAAUGGGGGAGAUCUCAUAUCUCAUAGAUAUAAGAGAAUUAGUUAAGCACGGGAAAUUUAUAAUUUAGAUAGAUAUAAGAUGGACUAUGGAAACUCGUAAAGGUGCGCAAAGGAAUGGUGAAUCAUAUUGUUAUAAUUUGAGCUUCUAAAUGAAAACUUGAAUUAUUGACUUUACAUGUACCAUUAGAAUUAUCAAGAAAAUAAAGAGUUUUUCAUAAAAAGAA